AUGUCUGCCGGUGACAGUAUCUUCCAAAGCCUCGCGCCACGCUGUUGGCUGCGGGACGUCCUGGCCGGGUCGGUUAGGCGCCGCUGGGCUGCCCUCAGCCUGGCCUCUGGCCUCGCCUGGGCGUGCUCCUGGCAGUCGAUGCUGUCUACGAGUCACCUCAUCAGAUACUACGUCUGCGACCUCGAUCAAAGGCAACCAAAUGCCCGCCUGGAACUUCUCAAUAGAAGGGGCGAGUAUAGAGGUAGCGUGCAUUUCGAGCUCCCUUGGUUCAUUGAAACUCAGGCUCAGCUCUACACUGGCUCAAGACUCGGCAAGCAGCCCACGGGAAGGCAGCAACAGCCUUUAUACGAGCGCUGUGUGUCGUGGAUCCCCGACGAGUCCGGGGCAAGUGAAAACGAACAUCGCGGUGUCGGAAUCAUGGGCGCCAAUGCAGUACGGCUUUCUGACGGCGGGACGCGAUGGGCUGACUCAGCAGGGUCGGAGCCGUUCGACUCCGUCUUGCGAACGGCGGCUGACUAA